UAACUCUCACAAGAACCUCAGAGUAACGAAACCACUCCAUCUUCUUGUUCGUCAAACGAGUAAACAUGCCUAAGGACUACACCACCAAGAACUCUGGCACCAACAGCCUGGGAAACCACUAUUGCUCCCGGGACUACGGUGCUAGUGCCUCCAACUCGAACUCUUAUCAUUACUCCAACACAGAUGGCUCCUACUAUUACUCCAACCCCAAUGGAAGCACUUACCACAACGAUGGUCAAGGCAGCUCAACCUACACGUCUCCCAGUGGCUACACUCACUCGUCCAACUCUGGCAAGAAAUAAGUCUGAAGACGGAAAUUGGCUGCUUUGAUGGGUGUGAAUGCAGCAUGAUGGGAUCAAUGUAAUGGAGUGAGAUGGUACUGAGGCUUGGUGCUAUGAGUCUAUGGGCUCUCGACCAGCCAAAGGACACUUCUCUGAGGGGAGAGGAAUGACCAAUCUGAGAUUCCAGAUGUCACGGUCAUGAUUUAAGAAUAGAGACCUGUCAUACUGCCGCACUUGUCAUAGUCAGUACUUUCUAUCUAAGUUCACAGGUGGCAGAUCAGGUGAAGAUUCCUUAGCGA